AUGAUUAUCACAGGAACAAGAAUAACUAGCUCCAAACCUUUGUCUGUGUUUAGUGGAUCUGAGUGUGCUAAUGUUCCUCAAGUUGUAGGAGCUUGUGACCACCUGGUUGAACAAGUGCCUCCGACUGUGACAUGGGGCUUAAAAUUCCUCGUGGCAUCUCUCGAGGGUAGAUCUUCUGGUGAACGUAUUCGUGUUCUUAGUGCCCGAGCAACAAGUGUAGCUGUGAACUGUAACACUGACAUAUUAGUCAGUGAAUUCCAGUUACAGAGUGGAGGGAGCUUCAGAGAAUUUGAAUUACCUAUUAGCAGUUUCUGUAGCAUUGAAUCCACUUCUCCAGUACUGGUCGCCCAGUAUGCAUAUGGUGGUAUGAGUGAUGGCGUGGGAGACCCAUUCAUGAUGAUAAUCCCUCCAAUUGAGCAGUUUACAAAUAACUAUUUAGUUGAGAGUUUCACUAUUUUCACAUCCAACUAUGUAACGAUGUAUGUUUCUUCUGAGUUUUUUCAAGCUGCACAAAUAUUGUUAGACAAUUCCGUUGUUUCUGGGUGGCAGAAAGUUUUUUGUUCAAACGGAGAAGUUUGUGGCCACAUAAGUCGAACAAGUGUGUCUACUGGAGCACAUUCUAUCAGCCAUCAAAACAGCUCAGCUGUUCUAGGUGUUUCAGUGUACGGAUUCGGCUCUUUCAGUUCUUACGGUUACCCUGGAGGCAUGAGAUUAUCUCCCAUACAAUGCAACUGUGGUCAAAAUUCUAUUUGUUUGAAUAACAUGGGACAGUUCAACUGUAGCUGCUUGAAUGGAUUUGUGGCUUCAUUGUCUGAAACAGAUGAAAUUGUCUGUACCACCAUAACCUGUCCUCCCUUGACUACUCCUUCCAAUGGCUCUGUGACAUACAGUGCCAUUGCUAAUCAAAAUGACACCUAUGCCUUUGAUGUGGUAGCUACCUACAACUGUUUCGCUGGGUUUUCUCUUGUCAGCGACAAUACAAGGAACUGCACUGGAGAUGGCAGUAGCACUACUGGUGCUUUUGCUGGUAUAGCUCCAAUCUGUGCAGCUAUAACAUGCCCUCCACUUUCAAACCCAACGAACGGCUCUGUGUCAUAUUCAAAUGUGCCUGGUCAAGGCAACAGCUAUGAUUUCAAUGUCGAGGCUACCUACAGUUGUGAUACUGGAUAUUCACUAGUUGAUAACAACACAAGGACUUGCACUGGAGAUGGAAGUAGCACUACUGGUUCUUUUGAUGGAGAAUCACCAACUUGUGUAGUCAUUACCUGCCCUCCCCUGAAUGAUCCUUCCAAUGGCACUGUGACUUACAAUGUUGAGAGUGAUAAAUUUGAGUUUGGAACGCAGGCAAUAUACAGUUGUGACAAUGGAUUUUCUCUGGUUGGUAAUACGACCAGAACUUGUACUGGAGAUGGCAGUAGCACUACUAGUUCUUUUGAUGGAGAAGCACCAACUUGUGAAGCCAUAAUGUGCCCUGCUCUAAGUGACCCAAUUAAUGGUGAAAUAGACUAUGAUGGUGGAGAUACUUCUACUAACAACAACCAAAUUCCUUUCGGUACGAUGGCCACCUACACUUGUGUCAUUGGUUUUGCUCUGAUUGGUAAUGACAUAAGAACGUGUACUGGAGAUGGCAGUAGGACUACUGGUGCAUUUAGUGGAAUUGAUCCAACUUGUGAACCCAUAACCUGUCCUCCUUUGAUGACCCCAACCAAUGGCACUGUGUCUUAUGGCGGAGUUCCUACUGAUGUAAAUGGCAACUUGUCGUUCAAUGUAAUGGCUACCUACAGUUGUGACACUGGGUUUUCUCUGGUUGAUAACAGCUCAAGGACUUGCACUGGAGAUGGGAUGAGUGUCAAUGGUGGCUUUAAUGGAACAGCUCCAACUUGUGACCGUGAGUGCUCUUCACACACUUAA